AUGUUAACUUCUAGGAAAGGUCAUCCUGCACAAUAUAAAACUGUAUCAGCAAAAGCUUUAGAAGACUGUAAUGUUCUAAGUAACUUUAAUACAAAUUAUAUAUACAUUAAAUUUUCUAGAAUAUUUGGAUUUUAUGAAAAGCCUUUAUUUUUGGAAUUAUGUAAAACACUUCAAAAUAUUCAAGUAUAUGCAGGACAGAUGAUGUUUUCUAUUGGAGAUCCAGAUGAUAGUAUAUAUGUUGUCCAAAGUGGUCGUUUAAUUACAGUAUUCAUAACAGAAUCUGAUGGCAGAGAAUUACAUCUGAAGAAAGUAAAUGAAGGAGAAAGUAUUGCAAGUCUUUUAAGUAUAAUGGAUGUUUUAACUGGUCAUCCUGCACAAUAUAAAACUGUAUCAGCAAAAGCUUUAGAAGACUGUAAUGUUCUAAGGUUACCAGUUGAAGCAUUUAAAGUUCUUCUGAAACGAAAUCCAGAAUCAUUAGUAAGGUUGACACAAGCAGUUAUGGUUAGGUUACAGAGAGUUACUUUUACUGCUCUUCAUCAUUAUCUGGGAUUAACUACACAGUUAAUUAAAACACACACUAAAAAACCUCUGCAUUCCUUGUCGCCUAAAGCAAGUCCGUCACGACCGCAGUCUCGUCGCAUUAGUCAAGAAAAUCCUCAGCCAAAAACCACAAAUGAUAUUUUUACGUUUGAGAAAACUGUGACGUUUGCGGAUAAACCAUUGUUUUUAGUUAUUGUCAGGGCUGUGGAGUCAGAGUCAUGGAGUUUUGAUGUUUUAGCCAGAGUCGAAGUCGUCAAAAAAUCUGCCAACUCCAACUCCUUUUACUUACCAACUUGUUAUGGUGCAUCAGGAAUGACAGGAACUUCUGAUUCAGUAAAAGUUAGAAAAAGAAAGACUAGUUUUUAUUUUCCAGAAGACAAAGUACAGGCAGCUGAAGAAGAAGAACUUAAGAAAAUGGCUAUUGAAGGUUUUAUGCUACAAUUGGGAAUAGAGGAUGAAACUAUGGUCAAGGACUAUGUAAUAGUAAAAGAACAUCCACCAAAUGUUUGUUUAACACAAGAAGAUUCACUUCAUGCAGAUUUAUUUUUGGUAUUGUCUGGUUCUUUAUUUGUGUCACAAAAAACAGCAAAUAAAAUGGAAGAUAGUAUUUUAUUUAUUGCACACUCAGGUGAUAUAGUUGGAGCACUUGCUGUUACAACUGGUGAUCCAUCAUUAUUUACAAUUAAAACAAGGCAUACAGCUCGUAUUGGUAUAAUUCCUAAAGAUCAUGUUUAUGAUAUUCUUCAUCAUACUCCAGUGAGUGUGCUGAAUUUAGCUCAUAUUGUAAUAAGAAGAUUAUCUCCAUUUGUUUGUCAAAUAGAUUUUGCCUUGGACUGGAUAAAUAUAGAAUCGGGAAAGGCACUUUACAGGCAAGAUGAUGAUUCAGAUUGUAUGUAUAUUUUAUUGAGUGGUCGUUUAAGAUCAGUUUUGACAAGGAGAGAUGGAAAAAAGGAACUGGUGGGAGAGUAUGGUAAAGGUGAUCUAGUUGGAGUUGUAGAAGUUCUGACUGAAUCAAAAAGAUCUACAACAAUCAUGGCAGUAAGGGAUUCUGAAUUGGCAAAGCUUCCAGAAGAAUUAUUAUUAACCAUUAAGACAAAAUAUCCAGAGAUUGUUCAACGCUUAAUACAUUUACUAGGAGAUAGUAUUUUGGGAAGUUUACAAAAAGGAAUGACAUUAACAUCUGAAAGAAUGUUAAACCUUGAUUCUCGACCAAGUGGUUCCAAUUUUGCCACAGUUGCCAUCAUGGCAAUAAAUGAAGAAGUACCUCUUGCUGCAUUUACCAUGGAAUUAUAUCAUUCUUUAACUACAAUUGGUGAAACAUUGAGAUUAACAUCAGAUUUUAUCAGAAAAACUUCAGGACCAUCAGCUUUCAAUAGUACAAAUGAAUACAGAUUAUGUGCUUGGCUUGCUCAGCAGGAAGAUCAACAUAAAAUUGUAUUGUAUCAAUGUGAUUUGGAGUUCACACCAUGGACACAACGAUGUAUUCGUCAAGCUGACUGUAUUCUUAUAGUAGCAUUAGCUAAUCAAGAACCUACCGUUGGAGAACUUGAAAAACAACUUGAACAUAUGAGCAUCAAGACUCAAAAGGAACUGAUUCUUUUACACCGUGAUGAUGGAUUAAAACCUAGAAAUACUGUUCAGUGGCUAAAUAUGCGCAGUUGGUGUUCCUCGCAUCAUCAUAUUCGUUGUCCAAAACGAAUGUUUGCCAAAAAAUCUCAUACUAAGAUGAUGGACCAAUACAAAAAGAUAUUUAAAACCCAACCAAAUAUACAUUCUGAUUUCUCUUGGCUUUCGAGAUUUUUGACCGGCACUACUUAUGGAUUGGUACUAGGUGGUGGUGGUGCUAGAGGAGCAGCACAUGUAGGAAUGAUAAAAGCUAUUUUAGAGGCUGGAAUUCCUAUAGAUAUGGUGGGUGGAGUUAGCAUUGGUGCUUUUAUUGGAGCAUUAUGGUGUGCAGAGAAAGAUAUCACAACAGUUACCCAAAAAGCAAGAGAGUGGGCAUUGAAUUCAGAAUGUGCAAUAAAUUAUUUGAAAAUUUUUCCAGGUGCUGUAUUUAAUCGUGGUAUAAAAGAAGUAUUUGGAGAAAGACAAAUAGAAGAUUUAUGGCUUCCUUACUUUACUGUAACAACUGAUAUUACCAAUAGUACAAUGAGGAUACACACCCAUGGUGAGAAUUUUUUUAAUUUUAAAAGAUUUAAGGAAUUAAUAUAUUAUAAGAACAGAUUGCUUUUAUUUUGGUACAGAUUUUUCAUUCUUUGCAGUUACGAAUAUAAUGGACCAAUACAAAAAGAUAUUUAA